AAAGAUAAAGUAAGGACCCUGGACAAAAUGUUUUUUUUUUGAAAAUUAAAAUGUAAUAAAUAAUUGUGUUUUCUUUUUUAGUUUGAUCCAAAAACGACUGAUGAGAAAAGAAGCGAGGCCGUGAAAGAUGUCGCCUUGCCGAUAGCGGCGAAGCUCGUCGAUAUCGAUAUCCGGCUUGCUUCGAUCGGCAAGCUCGAUAUCCGGCUUGCUUCGAUCGAGACUUCGAUCGGCAAGCUCGAUACCCGGCUUGCUUCGGUCGAGACUUCGAUCGGCGAGCGGAUAAGUUCGGUGGAAUCCGAGCUCAGUGCCCUAAAGACGAUCAUUAACAACUUCCUUGAGAAGUUGAGCUCGGUAAUCGAUCAGAAUACCAAGUAAGUUCACCGCUUCUUUUAAGCGGAUCCGACCUCAAAUGUCGGAGUCCGCAUCAUAUAGCGGUGAGCUUAGUCAGAAGGGCAAAAAUAAAAGCACUGAUCAUGUUCGGGCAAACCCUAUUUCAUGGUUUGCUUCGAUAACGACCAAUACGACAAAUAUAAAGGAUAAUUUCAACAAUUUUCAAUGAAAUGUUUUUUUCUUUAUUACAGAUUUUCAUAUAAUUUGCUCAUCUCAGUAGGUUUUCUUUUAUUUCUUUUGUUACUUGUAAACAAAUUAUUUUUUUAGAUCGUGCGUCAAUGUAUCUCAAUUCAUGGUGGUCAAGCUGAUGUUCAAAUAGGUAAUGUAUGUUGUAAAUUAUUUAUUUUAGACUAUGGAAUUCAACUUGAUGGACAAAUACCGUUAAAUGAAACUAUUGGUAGAGGUGAUGAUUCAUUCAACAUCUUCUUCAUUGAAACACAUGCUGAUCAAGCACAUACUGGUACCUAUCGUCAAUUAUUUCUUCGUAAACGAUUAAUUACUAGAAAAGAAGAUGCUGAAUUCUAUAUAAAAUAUCGAAUUAUUUAA